UUUUGAAAUUUGAAUAUACUCAUUUUCCCAUUAAUUCAUGAAUCUUACUAAAUUCUCAAGAAAAUUUGCAAUCAAAGGGACUGAAGAAGCUAAAAAACAAAGGAGAUUUAGAGGAAAAGUAGCUCACAAAUUGUCAAGGGAAGUGGUUCUUUGAAUGAGCUGGCUGGUGUUGAAAGAUUUCUUGUGGCCUUGGAUGAACUGAGAUAUUCAAGAUUUGAAUUGUCAAACCUGAAGCAGGUAACUCCAACAAUCAUAUUUUGAAUGUAUUUGUCAUGUUGGAACAUGUGAGAAGCCUAACAACCUUAAAACCAACCAUAAACCUCUCCAUCUUAGAAUCAAAGUUACAUAGAUGCCAAUGGGUGAACCAAUUCAAGCAGAUUCUGUCACAAAUGAUCCUCACCGGUUAUAUCACAGACACCUACGCCGCAAGCAGGCUCGUUAACUUCUCUACUCACUCCAAUUUCAUUCCUUUUCAGUAUUCCCUCAAAAUUUUCAACCACCUUCACAACCCCAACACCUUCAUUUGGAACACUAUCAUGCGUUCCCACUUAGAACUUCACAAUUCACCUCAACAAGCUCUUAACUUUUACAAGCUCUUUCUCUUUCAAAACACUUCACCUGAUCAUUAUACGUAUCCGAUUCUCCUCCGAUCUUGCACUGCCCGUGUAUCGGAACCCGAAGGAAAGCAAAUUCAUGACCAUGUUGUUAAGUUUGGUUUUGAUUCUGACGUUUAUGUUAGGAACACAUUGAUUAACUUGUAUGCUGUUUGCGGGAACAUGGUGAGUGCACAUAAGGUGUUUAAGGAAAGUGUUGUGUUGGAUUUGGUUUCCUGGAAUACCCUUUUGGCUGGUUAUGUUAAUUUGGGAGAUGUUGUGGAGGCGGAAUGUGUGUAUGACAAGAUGCCGGUGAGGAACACCAUUGCUUCGAACUCCAUGAUUGUGCUAUUUGGAAAAGAGGGUUGUAUUGCAAAGGCGCGAAGUCUUUUUGAUCGGAUUGAAGGGAAGGAUAUGGUGUCAUGGAGUGCAAUGAUUUCUUGUUAUGAACAGAAUGGGAUGUGUGAGGAGGCAUUGGUUUUGUUUGUGGAUAUGAAUGCUAAUGGAGUUAUGGUGGAUGAGGUGGUUGUGGUUAGUGCUAUCUCUGCCUGUACGAGCCUCUCGGCUGUCCGGAUGGGGAGGUCGGUGCAUGGUUUGGCAGCAAAAAUUGGGAUUCAAGAUUAUGUUAGCCUUCAGAAUGCAUUGAUACAUUUGUACUCAAACUGUGGGGAGAUAUUGGAUGCUCAGAAAAUUUUCAGUGGUGGUGUCCUGUUGGAUCUGGUUUCUUGGAACUCAAUGAUUUCUGGGUACUUGAUGUGUGGUUAUGUUGAGGAUGCUAAGAAAUUGUUUGAUUCCAUGGUUGAGAAGGAUGUUGUAUCUUGGAGUGCUAUGAUAUCGGGUUAUGCUCAACAUGGAUGUUUCUCAGAGGCUGUGGCUUUGUUUCAGGAAAUGCAGCUUCUUGGAAUUAGGCCAGAUGAGACUGCUAUAGUGAGUGUCAUCUCAGCCUGCACCCAUAUGGCUGCUUUGGACUUGGGCAAAUGGAUUCAUGCAUAUAUAAGUAAAAAUGAAUUCAAUGUUAAUGUCAUUCUGGGCACGACACUUGUAGAUAUGUAUAUGAAAUGUGGAUGUGUGGAAAAUGCAUUAGAGGUUUUCUAUGCGAUGGAGGAAAAGGGAGUUUCUACCUGGAAUGCUCUCAUUCUUGGGUUGGCAAUGAAUGGUUUGGUAGAAAAGUCACUUAACGUGUUUGCAGAUAUGAAAAAAACCAAAACACUUCCUAACGAGAUAACAUUUAUGGGAGUUCUUGGGGCAUGUCGACACAUGGGCCUAGUAGAUGAGGGGCGCCGCUACUUUAGUUCAAUGACCCAAGAACACAAGAUAGAACCAAACGUUAAGCAUUAUGGGUGCAUGGUUGAUCUUUUAGGGCGUGCAGGUUUGCUUAAAGAAGCAGAGGAACUUAUUGAGAGUAUGCCAAUGGCCCCUGAUGUGGCUACUUGGGGUGCUUUGCUUGGGGCUUGUAGAAAGCACCAUAACAAUGAAAUGGGAGAGAGGUUGGGAAGGAAACUCAUCCAGCUUCAACCUGACCAUGACGGUUUCCAUGUGUUAUUGUCAAAUAUAUAUGCUUCAAAAGGAAAUUGGGGUGAUGUUCUGGAAAUUAGGGGAAUUAUGGCACAACAUGGGGUAGUGAAGAUGCCUGGUUGUAGCAUGAUCGAGGCAAAUGGAAUAGUUCAUGAAUUCUUAGCGGGAGAUAAAACACACCCUCAGAUAAAGGAUAUUGAGCAUAUGUUAAAUGAAGUGGCUGCAAAAUUAAAGAUUGAGGGCUAUGCACCAAUCACAAGUGAGGUUUCACUAGACAUUGAUGAAGAAGAAAAGGAAACUGCCCUUUUCAGCCACAGUGAGAAGCUAGCUGUUGCUUUUGGACUAAUCACUAUUCCCCUACCAGCUCCAAUCAGAAUAAUCAAGAAUUUGCGCAUAUGUAAUGAUUGUCAUACUGUAGUGAAGCUAAUCUCCAAGGCAUUUGAUCGUGAAAUUGUUGUAAGGGAUCGUCAUCGCUUUCAUCACUUUAAACAUGGUUCUUGUUCCUGCAUGGAUUUUUGGUAGCAAAAUCUGUAAAGUUGCAUGUGGGAUUAAAGUAAACGGGGAUCCCAUGCUAUGCUUAAGGAAAAUGCACUGAACUCAAAACCUUUACAAUGUUUUGGACUCAAAUAUAGAAGCAUGUAGCAUCAAUGACCUUUUCAGAUUUGGUACAUGUCGUUGAUGUUGAAUCAAAUGAUUUUUGUUCUUAUGCUGCAAGUUGGUAUAGAAUGAGGGCAGCAGAGUAAUAAGAAAAAGAAGAGCAAUCAACCAUCACAUAUUUUCAUCCAUUUGGAGUAGCAUUAAAGAUUCUUACUCAGAUAUUCUGGAGAAUUCUUCCUGGAUGUUGGGGCUUAGGAGAUCAAAUUAACUUUUGGACAGAUGAAUGGUGUGGGCAGCCUCUCUGUCAUUCUUUGUAUAUCCCAGCAUACCUUCACAAUCUGUUAACCGCAAAGGUGGAAGAUUUCAUUGCAAACAACUCUUGGUGCAUUCCCACUUCUGUGCAUCAGCUUUUUCCCAACUUGGGACAACUUCUUUCUCAAGUAAUCAUUCCUAUGGAGCCAAAAGAGGACCGUCUGCUUUGGAAAACCCCACCAUCAGGUUUGCUUACCUGCAAAGAUUCUCACCUGAUCUCAACAUUUAUUUUUCGAUUGCCCCUUUGCGCUAAAGCUUUGGAAUUGGCUGCAAGCUAUUGUCAACUGUCAGCUCUCUCUGUCUGUGAAUGAUAUUUGAAACAUCUGCAAUAGAGGAGGGUCCCCUCAAUGUCAUAUUGUGAUUCUAUCUGCAAUUAUCAAUGUCAUUGAUUCUAUAUGGUAUACAAGAAAUCAAGGAAGAUUCAACAACUCAAAGGUACCUUGGCAAACUGCUAUUUCUUUGGUCUGUUCAAAUGUCUCCCUGUCUGGAAAUAAUAAUAAGAAAGUGGCCUUUACUUCAGUUAGAGACUUUCAAAUUAUGAAAGAAUUCAAGGUCACUUCUCAUGCUCCACUCCCUACAGUUACUAAGGUGGUUUUGUGGCAUCCCCCCCAUUGCGAACUGGAUUAAAUGUAACAUUGAUGGGGCAGUUUUAGGCUCCCCUGGACAAUCUUCAUGUGGUGGCUUGUUUAGAGACAGCUCUGGUGUUUGCAUCGGUUGUUUUGCAGAAAAUCUCGGUGUUCAGACGGAUUUCUAUGCUGAGUUAAUGGGAGCUAUCAAUGCAAUAGAGAUAGCUAGUAGUAAAAAUUGGCAAAGUUUAUGGUUGGAGACUGAGUCAAAGUUGGUGCAGAUGGCUAUAGCCUCUACUUUGAGCAUUCCUUGGCAGAUAAGAAACAGGUGGCUUAAUUGCAUGAUAAAGAUUUGAAGCAUGAAUUUUAUGGUAACACAUAUCUAUAGAGAAGGCAACUCCUGUGCUGACAAACUUGCUAACAUUGGUGUAUCUCUUUCAUCUUUCACUUGGUGGAAUGAACCUCCUACUCAGAUUCUAGCUGAGAUAUUUUGUAAUAGAUUGGGUUUUCCUAAUUAUAGAUUUUCUUAAUGCUUUGAGGGUUUAGGCUUCAUGUCCCCUCUCUUUUGUUUC